AUGGCGGAAAAUAGCAAACUUCAUCUUGAGGAUGCUUUCCGUCAUAAAUUCAUAAAAUUUAUUUCGUACUCCGAACUCGAAAAUUUGACUCGAGUCGACAGUGGCAAAUUUGGAAGUAUCCAUACUGCGUACUGGCAUAAAUUAAGAAAGAUAGUUGCUGUCAAAAGGUUACAUUCUUUUGCGCAAAAUGAUACAGCUAUUCAAAACUUUGUUCACGAACUACAAAUUCAAAAGCGCGUGGAAUAUCAUGAUCGAAUGAUCCGAAUCUUUGGUGUCAGUCAAGAUCCAUCCAAUAGAGACUAUUUACUCAUCCUCCAAUAUGCUGAUGGUGGAAAUUUAAGGAAUUAUUUUGCUCAAAAUUAUUCAACUCUCACAUGGAAUGACAAGUUCAGAAUUUCCCAUGGGAUCAUUGACGCUCUUAGGUGUCUUCAUGAUGAAGAUAUCGUUCAUCGUGAUCUUCAUUCAAAAAAUAUUUUAAUCGAUCAAGGUGAACCGAAAAUUGCCGAUUUUGAAACUCCAAUUGUUGGUACACCACAAGAAUAUAAAUUACUUUAUCAACAAUGCUGGAACCCGACUCCACAUAUCCGGCCAUCUGUUGAUGAUGUUCUGCAAUCAAUUGAAAGGAUAAUCAAACAAGCAGAAAAUUUUAUGAAUGAUGUGGAAGAAGCUCCUUCACCCGAAAUGAGUGCUAUACCUCCUGAUCAACAUGUGAAAGCAACAGAUCAAACCGUACAGUAUAACUUAAUAAUACCUGACAAUACUGAAACAUUAGCAGAUAGUUUUGGUAAUCAAGAUUUAAUAAUCACUGAACAGUCUCAGCAAUCACUAAAAAUCAAUCUGCCAUCGACUUCUGGAUCUUCUAUCUUACCUGCUUCAUCUAAUGAUAAUGACAACCAAAGCUCACAAAAUCCAAGUUUCAUAAAAGAUCCCUUGCCAAGGAUAUCACGUAAAACUGAUAUUGAUAAGAUUAAUGUAAAAGUUGUAAUUGUUGGUGAUGGUGCAGCUGGCAAAUCAUGUUUCUUAUUUAUGUAUUCGCAUGGUCACUUUCCAGAAGUGUAUGUGCCUACGGUCUUUGAAAACUAUUGUGUAGAUUUUAAAAUUGAUGGUCAACCUGUUGUAUUAGGAUUGUGGGACACGGCCGGUCAAGAAAAUUAUGACAAUUUAAGACCAUUAUCAUAUCCAGGUUCUGACGUAGCAAUUAUUGUAUUUGCUAUUGAUAAUCCUGAUAGUUUGGAUAACGUGUAUGAAAAAUGGAUAAGUGAAGUCAAACACUUUCUUCCAAAAAUUCCAAUUUUUUUAGUUGGGACUAAAUUAGAUUUGAGGGAUGACAUGAAAACCAUUGAGGAAUUGAAAAAGGUCAGCAAGAAACCAGUAACUUAUGAAGAGGGGUUUCAAGCUGCAGAACAUAUAAAUGCAAAAAAUUAUUUCGAGUGUUCAGCAUUAACUGGUGAGGGUUUGAAUGAGGCGUUUGAACAAAUCAUUCGUGCUGGACUUUGGUGUUCCAUAUGUCCAAUGUACAUUAAAAUAACUAGAGAGGAAUAUUCACUUGUUUCUGGUGUUUCUCGUAUAGUACCUGAAAGUCGUGAUAAUGAAAAAGUGUCUCAACAAGAUUAUAUUAUAACAGGCUAG